AUGGACAUUGAAGAUUUUGACGAGCAAUUAAAAAAAAUUGAAGAAAAGUAAAAGGACGCCGAAGAAAACUUAGGUGACGUUGAAAUUAGAGACGCCAUCUUAGAAAAGGCUUAACUCUAUGAAAAGCAUUCAAAGAAUGAAAAAGCUGUUGAAAUUUACAAGGAAGCCUUAAAGAAGACUAUUGGUAUUGGUAAGAAAAUGGAUGUUUGGUUCUAUAUCAUGUCAAUUUACAUUCGUGAAAAGAACUUACCUAAAAUCUUAGAAACUAUUGAUGCUUGCAAGAAAUUAUUAGAAGAAGGUGGUGAUUGGGAGCGUAAAAAUCGUUUGAAAAUUUAUGAAGGUAUUUACAAUCUCCUUAUUAGAAAUUUAAAGAAAACAUCUGAGUUAUUCUUAGACUGUAUUAGCACCUUUAAUUACCCUGAUAUUAUUUCUUAUCAACGUAUCGUUAAGUAUACCAUUUUGACAUCAAUCAUUUCUAUUGGUCGUUCUGAAAUGAAGAAGAAGGUCAUUCAUAAUUCUGAAGUUCUUUCUACUAUUAGGGAAUUACCUGAUGUUAAGAGUUUAUUAGAUACUUACUCUAAGUGUGAUUACAAGUCCUUCUUUAUUUCUUUAACAAGAGUAUUAGAUGAUCUUAAAACAGAUGAAUACUUAGCUCCCCAUAGAAAAUUCUUUACCAGAGAAAUUAGAAUAGUUAUAUACUCCUAAUUCUUAGAAUCAUAUAAAACAGUUACUUUAAAUUCAAUAGCAUAAGCAUUUGGUGUAUCCGUUGAAUUCAUAGAUAAGGAAUUAUCAGAGUUGAUCUCUGCUGGUAGAUUAACUUGUAAAAUUGAUAAAGUUUAAGGUAUAGUAGAAUCCGAAAGAAUUGAUGAAAGAAAUAAUUUAUACAAAACUGCAGUUAAAUAGGGAGAUCAUUUACUUAAUUUAGUUUAGAAACUUUCAAGAGUUAUUGAUAUUUGA